ACUCAGAAGACACAAUCAAACUUUCUCUAGCAUGGCGGCGGUAGGAGCGACUAUCGGGGCGAUUGCGAGUAAUGCAGAGAAAGUCGCCGCAGUAGCUGGGGCUAUCAGUUCGCUAGAUAACCCAGGCUUUACAUGGUUCGGGUUGGCUUCAGAAGGAGGCUCGCGGCGUAACCAGAUGAUUAUACAAAAUGAGACAGAUGAGGUGAUGGAACUUACCAAGAUCUACCUUUACCAUGGGAAGGUAAAGAUCCCCCCAGAUCCAAGCAUUCGUGCCAUGGCGGAGGAUGAAUGUCUCUUCCACUCUGCUGGGAGCUGGAGUGCCACAGGAGUCAGUGGUAUCGUCACCUACAAAAUGCAGAACGACGCUCGAUUGCACAUAUUGUGGGAUUGUCCUUUUAACUUUGAUUAUUCCGACAACUUUAUCGGACUUAUGCUGACUAACAACUCGAGCCAAUAUUUGCCAACAGAUGACAUGUUCUAUAACAUGUACCAGUACGAAGGUUAUGACGCCUUGGGUCUCCCUUCACCCUCGCCGGGGACUAGGUACGACCUCGUAUGUUGCGGGCCAAGCCACGGGUACUCGCAUGAGGCAGGCAGAGACAAACCAUGGGGACACAUGCGACCAUGCAAGGUGGAGGACGAUAAGUACUUGGUGGUGGCGACCAUGGGGGACCGGCAUGCCACCACAAGCAAAAUUAGUGUCAUCAAGAAAAAGUAAAUGGCAGUAAAAUUACGAAGAAACCACAAGUCGCAAACGAAAAAAACGACGUUGACAACAACGACUACUGCACUUUAGUGAGAGAGGGCAUAGAUGCCGACUUUUAAAGUUGACAAUUUUACAAAUCAGAGAAAAAAGAAACAAGACCGGCAUGCUACCACCAGCAAAAUCAGCAUCAUCAAGAAAAAGUAAAUGACAGUCAAAAUACAAAGACAUCCUUGGACACCACAGGCUUCAAACGAAAAGAACGACGUUGACAACAACAACGACUACUGCGCUUUAGUAAAGGCGUAAAGAUGCUCAUUUUUAGAGUUGAGAUUUUACAAAUCCGAGAAAAUAGCAUAUAAAACAGUUAGCCUCAGUCUUCAAAUGCUUCUUAGAACAACAACAAGAACGGUAGCAACAACAAUAAUUACAAGUAGAAUACAACAACCAUAGCAGCAACAGAUGCAACGACAAGGACAAGAGCAGCAGUAACAACAAGAUCGUUUAGAAUAAAGCAACAACUAGAAAAGUGAAUAGUUAUUCACGAGUCAGCGGCUACACGUAGGCUACUAGAACAGCAGCAAAGCAACUAGAAAACAGCGACAACAGCAAGACAUUUGCAAAAGCUAGAACGCCAACAAAAACAGUAUCAGUAUUGAAAAAGAAAAACUCCCGAGACAAAUUGUCAUAGACAACAAGUCAACACAUUUUGACAUUUUUAAACCACAAUGUAGAAUCAAAAGGACAUCGCCAAAAAGUACUUGCUUGUUGAAUGGUUUCCCUUAUUUGUGAAACCAAACGGUUGAAAUAAUAAAGUGAUGUUCCAA